AUGCCAGCAGCAGAAGACCUUACUGUAGAAAUAGUAAAAUUCGUACAUGCAUUGUUAGUCUCUAUACCCCAGUAUGUCUUGGGCUCCUUAUCUGCUAUAGCUAUAUUAGGGGCCACACCAGUGGGUGAAAGUAUUAAUCCAGAAGCAAGUAGUGUAAUACUCAACUAUAAGCUUUUUGGAUGGAAUACUAAAAUAAUGGAGCUCACCCCAGGACAGAAAGAACUUAUGAAAGGAUGUGUAGCUGAGGCAUCAAUAUUAGAUCGCCUUAGUUACAUGGUAUCCAUUUACUACAUAGUAGUAGGGAUAUUUGCGGGGAUAAGCAGGGCAAUCGGACCAUGUAUCAAAGAGGAAUGGCCAUAUAUACCACUAACAUUGGCUUGGAUUUUGCCUGCCAUUUUUAAGAAAGUGGUGGGAGGGAUAGUGGUGGUUCACAACCCAAAUAAAAAGAUCGUUGGGAAAAUAAUAGUAAAAGAUUCUCCAAUGGAUAGAAGAUAUAACAUUAUUGAAACUGGUUUAUUCUCGAUUAUAGCUCCAUGGCUAGCUGUGAUUUUAGCCUAUUUCACAAACCCAAUCGGGUAUGGAUCAUUUAUGCUACUUUCGCUGGUUCUACUUAGUAAUUCAAGGCCAUUAUGGGUGAAAAUUUUUGGUGACUUUUGUGCUGACCCAACAAUACCUUGUUUGAGCAUGUCAGAUAUUUUUACAUUUUUGGCAGCUAGAUUAAUACCGACUUUUAAUAUAGAGAGAAUGAAUCAUCCCGAAGAUGAUAAUUACAGUAAUAGUUCAUACCAAUUCAAUUCAGUAACAUCUGAAAGCACUGAUUCAGCACCUGUUGUCCAUCCGUUUUUUACUGACAUGGUUUUUGAUUACAACGGAUCAUCUGGUGUUCUCGAUUCAUCCACCAACAGAAAACGAAAUUUGAUCCCUGUCUUAUGG